AUGUACACAAAUCACGGCCAGCCCUUCAACCAAACAAUUUUGACACCACAAUCAACACCCAAAUCAUGCUUGAUAUAUUAUGGUGUAAUUCCCACCGACAUCGAUAAUUUUAAACAAAAUCGGGAGAGCAAAUAUCAGUUUCAAUAUCAUGCACUGAUUUCUGCAAAAACUAUUUAA